CUCCGCAGUCACGCCAGAGCAGCCAACUGAACCACUCUACUAUCUCGAUUUGUCAACAGAGUUUACAUUAACUUAAGCUCUCAACUCUCUCUGCCCAUUGAAGAAGCCUGGUGGGAAUUUACCAAGAAAUCUUUUCAGAGCUCUAAGGAUUUUUCUCAACAUUUUUUGGUUUGUUUUUGCUGCCAACAGCAACUCCUCAGCACACCAUGGAGGCCACCACCAUGGACUAUGGAGACACCUACGACGAGUACUACGACGACAACUACACGGCGUGUGACUACUCAGAGUGGGAGCCCUCCUACUCCCUCAUCCCCGUCCUCUACAUGCUCAUCUUCAUCCUGGGCCUGUCGGGCAACGGCGUGGUCAUCUUCACCGUCUGGAGGUCAAAGUCCAAGCGCCGGGCAGCCGACGUCUACAUCGGCAACCUGGCCCUGGCCGACCUGACCUUCGUGGUGACCCUGCCCCUGUGGGCCGUGUACACUGCGCUGGGCUACCACUGGCCCUUCGGCGUGGCCCUCUGCAAGAUCAGCAGCUACGUGGUGCUGGUCAACAUGUACGCCAGCGUCUUCUGCCUCACCUGCCUGAGCUUCGACCGCUACCUGGCCAUCGUGCACUCGCUGUCCAGCAGCCGGCUGCGGUCCCGCGGCACCAUGCUGGCCUCCCUGGGGGCCAUCUGGUUCCUGUCGGGGAUCCUGGCUCUGCCCACCCUACUCUUCCGCACCACGGUCGACGACGGCAACCGCACCACCUGCGCCAUGGACUUCAGCAUGGUCACCCUGAACGAGAGGCACGAGUCGCUGUGGAUCGCCGGCCUCAGCCUCUCCUCGUCGGCGCUGGGCUUCCUGCUGCCCUUCCUGGCCAUGACCAUCUUCUACUGCUUCAUCGGCUGCACCGUCACGCGCCACUUCAACAACCUGCGCAAGGAGGACCAGAAGAAGAAGAGGCUGCUGAAGAUCAUCACCACCCUGGUGGUGGUGUUUGCCAUCUGCUGGACGCCCUUCCACCUGCUGAAGAGCAUGGACGCGCUGACCUACCUCAACCUGGCGCCCAGCUCCUGCGGCCUGCUGCGCUUCUUGCUGCUGGCCCACCCCUACGCCACCUGCCUGGCCUACGUCAACAGCUGCCUCAACCCCUUCCUCUACGCCUUCUUCGACCUGCGCUUCCGCUCCCAGUGCCUGUGUCUGCUCAACCUGAAGAAGGCCAUGCACGGCCAGAUCAGCUCCAUGUCCUCCACACUGAGCGCCCAGACGCAGAAGUCCGAGAUCCAGUCUCUGGCCACCAAGGUGUGAGGCGCAGGGGGGAGGUCGGAGGACUCCCCUGGGCAGUGGCACGGCCCCGCCACCACCGCUGGAACACUGGGUAAACUGACAGACACACUAGAUGUUCAGGCUGCUUUGUGUCUGAUUAUUUAGAAGCUGAUGAGUUGUGAGCGUGACCCAGCAGCGAUCGGAGGGGUUGUUGGAUUCCGGCUGAGCUGGGGCCGUGAGAGUCCAGAUUCAUGAACUAACAGAGGGGCAGGAGUCAGCGGGCUGAGCUUCUGAGAUUUUUUUUUUUUUACCUUUCUCAAACUUUGAUGAACUUUUGAAAAAAACAACGAUAUAUAUAUAUUUUUUGUCUUUGAUUUCCAAAAAAAAUAUCCUUUUAUAUGACACGUGUAAAUAUGUUUACACUGGGUCAAUUAUAAAGUUGUACAGUAUUUUCAUACCACAGACUAUUUCUUUAAUGGAUUGAUGUUUUGUUUUAGAAGCACUUGUUGGACAGUCAGAAAAACACAGAGUGUUUGUGUGUGUGUGUGUGUGUGUGUGUGUGUGUGUGUGUGUGUGUGUGUGUGUGUGUGUGUGUGUGUGUGUGUGUGUGUGUGUGUGUGUGUGUGUGUGUGUGUGUGUGUGUGUGUGUGUGUGUGUGUGUGUGUGGGUGCGUGCGUGCAUAGGGUAAUCAGACAGUGUCAUCUAUAGGUUGUUUGUGAAGAUGGAGGCUUCGAGGCGGAGGGAGGGAGGGGUUGAGAGAAGACAAGGUGUUGCAGCCUAAUUACAGCGUUUGUGGAGAAGACAUGGGCAGACAGACAGAUGGCAGUUGACAAAUGUUGUCCAAACGGGA